CGAAAAUAAGUUCAGUAGUAAAUUCGCGAUCGUUCAUGCAACAUGCAAAGAUUACCAAUUUGCUUGAUUGUCUUUACGUGCCUUGGUGUUGGCACCUGGGCAAUUGAGGGUGUCAAAGGUGGACAUCGGCAGCGUUAUCCUUCAAGCGGGAGUUACAGUAGCACCAACUCUUCGCAAAAUGGCCUUUGCCAUAAAAGAGUGCCGUACAGCCAUGUUUUAGCUUUAAACGCAAGUGGAUCGCUUUACAAUACUAUCCCUCAACCGCCUGAAGGUGGCCAUCCUCCUGACGGUUGGAUCACUAUCUUGGACUGUUGUGACGGCUACGUGCGCAAUGUAACGAGCGGUCUAUGCGAACCGCAAUGCGAACGCGGUUGUUUUGGCGGCCGCUGCACAGCCCCGAACGUCUGCAGCUGCCCGUCGGGAUGGCGUUCCGAGGAUGGCGUUUGCAUGCCCGUUUGCUCGUAUCGAUGCCAGGAGAAUGCUUAUUGCUUCUCGCCCGAGGUGUGCGUGUGCAAAUUGGGCUACGACGAGAUCGACGGCCAAUGCAAACCGAUCUGUCCUGACGGAUGCAAGCAAGGCGAGUGCGUGGCACCGCGCGUCUGCAGCUGCAGACAGGGAUACGUUCUGAAUGAGCGCAAGGAGUGCGUGGCAGCGUGCGAAGGCGGCUGCGGGCAUGGCGUGUGCAGCGCACCAGGCGUGUGCACCUGCGAUGAAGGGUACACCAACAUUUUCGGCGAUACCGAGUCCUGCGUUCCCCAUUGCCCGACCGGUUGUCCUAACGGCGAAUGCGUCGCACCAAACCUUUGCUUAUGCAGGGCCGGUUUCACGCGCAAUCAAACCGGCGCUUGCAUACCCGUCUGCCCGGGUGGUUGUGAAGGAGGCGAGUGCAUCGCACCGAACUAUUGCGACUGCAGACCUGGAUACACGCAGGAUCGUCACAGCGGCAAAUGCGUUCCGAGUACUACAGGUUCAGCGCAGUGUGGAUAUGGAUACACCGUCGAUCCUGAUACCCGCAGAUGCAUCCCCGUAACGACAACCCCAACAUCGCAGCCCGUCGGCGAUUGCAGAUAUGGCUGCGGUCCGCAUAGCACGUGCGUGGGAUAUCGGUGCAUCUGCGAACCUGGAUUCACCGCCGACCCCGAUACCGGCAGAUGCAUCUCCGUCACGACAUCCGCGACUAAUUCGACGCAAUGCCGAUACGGUUGCGGGCCAAACGGCCGAUGCGUUGGUCCGAACUUGUGCGUCUGCGAUCCGGGAUUUCGCGUUGAUCCCGAUACCGGAAGAUGCAUUCCGCACGUGAGCACGAGCGCGGACAUGUGCCAGUACCCGUGCUUAAACGGUCGAUGCACUGGACCGGAUCAAUGCACCUGCAACCAUGGGUACACGCACAACGAAUUCGAUAUUACGCGUUCAAGAUGCGUGCCGGUGUGCGUGGGUGGAUGUCCGAACGGUGUAUGCACCCUGCCAAACUUUUGCAUAUGCAAUCCCGGAUACCGAAAGGAAGGUGUCAAGGGUCGGCAGAGAUGUAUCCCAGAGUAAAUGAGAGUUGACUGCAUACAAAAACAUAUUGUUAGAUAUUAGUUA